AUGAUUAAAAAUAUACCUGGAAAUCAUCAAACGAAUCUUGUCGUUAAUGUUGCCAAGUACGCUAAUCCUCUUGUCGGAACCGCUAGAGAUGGACAUGUAUUCCCAGGUCCUUGCCUUCCUUUUGGGAUCGUCAAAGUAGGUUUCGAUACUGAUGAUAAAUCAGACUUUAAUGGAGGAUACACUACUCAUGGAUCUAUUACGGGGAUCUCUCAUUUACAUGUUAGUGGAACAGGAGGUGAACCAAAAUAUGGAGUAAUAAGUCAAUUACCAGUGAUGGAUUGGCCAGAUGACAAACUCAGAUUAGAUGGAUAUUCAUCUAAAAGGUCGUUUGAGCAUUUUGAAGUUGGUUAUUCAAAAUUUGGAUUAAAACGUUAUAAAAUCAUGGUCGAAUUAACUGCUAGUCACAGAACUGGUGUUCAUCGAUAUACUUUUCCUCCAUCUGAAAAUGAUGCAAAAGUUAUUCUUGAUUUGAGUCACAUUUUAUCUUUUGGUUGGAGUGCUAGAUAUGAAAGUGCUGCAAUCACUUCUAUUUCUCACAACCAAAUAAAAGGGGCGGGUCGAUACAAAGGUGGCUGGAAUAGCGAUGGUCAAUAUAGUGUCUUCUUUUGUUCUCAAUUCAACGUCAACGCCACUAAUUACGCGACUUGGUGGAAUAAUCGAAUUAAUAAAAACACUUCAUCUUAUAUCGGCGUAUCUUUCGUUGAUAAGAUUGGCGCGAUUCUAACUUUUGAUACGAUCAAAAACCCAGUAAUCGUUUCCAGAGUUGGUAUCUCAUUCAUUUCGGAUGACCAAGCUUGUGAGAGUGCUGAAAGUGAGGUACCGGAUUGGGAUUUUGAUAAGGCAAAAGAAGAUGCCGUUAAUGCUUGGAAUAAAGAAUUGGGAAGGAUUAAAGUUAGUGGCGGAACUAUAAAUGUUACGGAAUCGUUUUAUAGUAGUUUAUAUAGGACAAUGAUUAUCCCAAGUGAUAGAACUGGCGAGAAUCCAGAUUGGAAGUCAGUCGAUAAAAAGGGUAAUCCUAUACCAUAUUACGAAGAUUUUUACACUUUGUGGGACACAUUCAGAACGACAAACCCAUUAUUUACACUGUUCCAACCAGAACGUGCCGUUGAUAUUACUAGAUCACUAAUCGAUACUUAUGUACAUGAUGGUUAUAUGCCUGAUGGAAGAAGUGGUUCAUGGAAUGGAAUUACGCAAGGUGGAUCUAAUGCUGAUAUGGUUGUGGCAGAAACAUACUUAAAGAAUUUAGAUGUCAGUGGUAAAAUAGACUGGGAAUUAGCGUACAAAGCUCUCAUCAAAGAUGCUGAAGUAGAUCCAUGGGAAAAAGGCUUGGCAGAAGGUCGAUUAUAUUUAACAGAUUAUAAAAAAUAUGGCUAUAUUCCUUUCCCAGAUGAUGGUAAAACUGGAUACGCUAACGCUCAGUGUAGUCGAACUUUGGAGUAUAGUGCUAAUGAUUAUAGUAUUAGUCUUGUUUCUCAAGGAUUGGGUAAAAUCAAUGACUAUAUAAAAUACAGGAAGCGUGCAACUAGUUGGGAGAAUUUAUGGUGUACAGAAAAAGUUUAUGAUGGUGUUAAAGGAUUCAUUAUACCAAAAUAUAUAAACGGAUCAUUUAAUAUGAAUUGGGUUGUUGAUAGAAAUUUUGAUGGAGGUUGGAAUACAUUUUAUGAAGGUACUUCAUGGGAGUAUAGUUUGGAUGUACCUUUUGACGUGAAAAGAUUGAUCGAAUUAUCAGGAGGUCCGAAACGUUUUGAAAAAAGACUUGACAAAACAUUCUCAGAUCAUACUUUUCUUGGGAAUUACUUUAACAUAGGGAAUGAACCUGAUUUUUUUCAUAUCUGUUUGUAUCAUUUUGUUGGAAAGCAGUAUAAAAGUGUAGACAUUAUUAGAAAAAUUAUGGAGACUAAGUUCGGAAAUAGAAAUGACGGAAUUCCAGGAAAUGAUGACUCCGGAGCUAUGGGAAGUUGGUACGCUUUCAACGCUCUUGGAUUAUUUCCAAUAGCUGGAACAGAUAUCUAUUUAAUAAACUCGCCACAUUUCGAAGAAAUCACUAUAUAUCUCUCCAUUUCACCACCAAUAACAUUCAAGAUUAUAGCUCACAACCUUACAUACAUCCCAGAUCUCCCUGAUAUUGUUGAGCCAGACUCUGAAUUAAACUCCGUUCCUGUAAAUCAUGUUAUUAUUAACUCCGACACCUCAAAUUCUGCUUCAACUGCAACCAAUAAUUCAAGAAAUUCCGAUCCGAUUUACGUUAACCCGUAUGUUCAGAAUGUUAAAUUAAACGACAAAAUAUGGGAAAAAACUUGGUUUAGACAUAGCGACAUUUCAAAAGGUGCAAUAAUGGAAUUACAGAUGGGACCAAAACCAAGCAAAGUUUGGGGUGUUGUUGAUGAUGAAAUUGAAAAGCAAAAAGAUAUUGAAGACAGAGUUGUGCCACCUAGCAUGAGUGACUAUAAAAUUGAUAUAGUGGAAAGUAAAGAGAAGAAAAAUAGAUUGGCAGAUUCGAAUGAGUGGAUUUCAAGAAUGGACAUUUUUAUUUAG